AAUGCCAGCCCACAGUGAAGCACGGGACCGGAGUCUCCAUCUUGCUCCGAUUUUAGGGAACUACCAAACCUUACCUUGCGAUGCCGAUUCUUUUACGCCACUUGUUUCACAAACCACUCUUUUUACUAUCUCUUUUGUUUUUUUAUACAUUUUUUCUCAUCAUUAUUUUACUACUAUACUACACUUCCUCUUUAAUUAUCUAUCCCCUUUUUUCCCAGUUUUCAAUUUCACCCUCAUCUCUUUCCCAUUAUAUUAUAUUACUUCAACCUCUUUCUAUUUUUUUUUUUAUUAUUUCUCUUCAAGCAUGUAAACGAAACUUUACCGGGUUUCACUUUGGGUUUUAUUAUUAAAUCCUAAUUCAAACGGUGUUAAUUGGAUUUAAUCGAUCUAGUUUUCCGCAUUAAUCGGCCAUGGAGAUCCGUGCCGAUGCAGCAACAGAAACUACUUCAUUUUCUUCAAGUUUGAUCGCGGCAGUGUCGUAUGGAUUUGCUUCAAUGGCGAUGGUUUUUAUCAAUAAAGCUGUUCUUAUGCAAUAUGCAAAUUCAAUGACUCUCCUCACUUUGCAGCAACUGGUUACCACCUUGCUGAUACACUUUGGUCGAAAAAUGGGAUACACAAGAGCGAGAGGAGUGGAUAUGGCAACAGCCAAGCAACUGUUUCCGGUUUCAUUUUUCUAUAAUGCCAAUGUUGCAUUUGCUUUGGCCAGUUUGAAAGGAGUGAAUAUCCCAAUGUAUAUUGCAAUAAAGAGGCUUACACCGCUUGCGGUACUUAUUGCUGGAUCUUUCUUGGGAAAGGGGAGACCUACAGUUCAGGUGACUCUCUCAGUGAUAUUGACUGCUGCUGGAGUUCUCAUAGCGGCCCUUGGAGAUUUUUCCUUUGACCUUUUUGGGUAUAGCAUGGCUUUCAUUUCUGUUUUCUUCCAGACCAUGUACCUUGUGCUGGUGGAAAAAUCUGGUGCUGAGAAUGGACUUUCAUCAGUGGAAAUCAUGUUCUACAACAGUUUUUUAUCUCUUCCAUUUUUGAUGUUUCUUAUUAUAGCCACAGGGGAAUUCCCAGAUUCUUUAUCUGUAUUAUUUGCAAAGAGUUAUUCUUUUUCAUUUUUGGUGAUCCUUAUUCUUUCAUUGGUGAUGGGCAUUGUUCUCAACUUCACCAUGUUCUUGUGCACUAUUGUUAAUUCUGCUUUAACUACAACUAUUGUGGGCGUUCUUAAAGGAGUUGGUUCCACGACCUUCGGUUUCUUCUUACUUGGUGGUGUUCAAGUCCAUGCUUUGAAUGUGACCGGCUUGGUUAUCAAUACAGCGGGUGGUGUGUGGUAUUCAUAUGCUAAAUACCAGCAGAAAAAGAGCAAAACAGUGAAGCUAGUUACAGAUGUGGAGGCUCAUCGUAAAUAGAAGUGGUAUUGAUGACUUACAGUGAAAACUAACAGUUGCAUAAAUGUUUCUUUUUCUAUAAUUUGAUUUACUAGUUGUACGAAUGUAUUUGUAGUUCUCUCUCUCUCUCUCUCUCUCAUCAUUUUACAGUAAACACAGAAUCACAUAGUUUGGAGCCCCAGAGGUAGUAAUACUGACACGGUGUUCAGAAUUCAAUAAAAUGAUUGUACUUCUGUUGUGCAAAUACAGCAGAACAUCAGAUUGGGACAU